GUCACUCACUCACAAUUUGUAAUGUAAAGUGAGGAUGAAUUUCGUGGUAUUUUUGCUUGAAUUCAUGUUAAAAUAAGUAAAACUAUUGAUUGCUGUGUUUUAUUGUUUAAAUUGUGUAAAUAAUUAAGUCUUACAAAAUGCCCUCUAAGCAAAGAAAAAUUGCUAUGAUGGGAUACAGAUCUGUUGGCAAAUCGUCUUUGAUAAUACAAUUUGUGGAGGGACAGUUCGUCGACUCAUACGAUCCCACAAUCGAAAACACAUUUACAAAGUUUAUUCGCUUGAACUCCACCGAGUAUGAAGUAAAGUUGGUAGAUACAGCUGGCCAGGAUGAGUAUAGUAUAUUCCCGCUUCAGUACAGCAUGGAUUUCCAUGGUUAUGUGUUGGUCUACUCUAUAAACUCAAGCAAAAGCUUCCAAAUAGUACAAAUUAUUUAUGACAAAUUACUCGACAUGGUUGGCAAGAUUCAUGUACCCAUAGUGUUAGUUGGAAACAAAACAGAUCUUCACUUAGAAAGAAAAAUCAGUACAGAAGAAGGUAAAAGACUGGCUGAAAAAUGGAAAGCGGCUUUCGUCGAGACUAGCGCUAAACGGAAUGAGUCAGUCACAGACAUGUUCCACGCAAUCCUAUCAGAGAUUGAGAGGUCAGACGGACAUAUCCAAGAAAAAAAUGGAUGUGUUGUUUGUUAAGACACCGAGUCAAAUGAACCCAGUGCUUUUUACUUAAAGGUAAUAUAGAUCUAAUUGUAUGCGUUGACGUUAAGGUUUAGUUGAAGCGUAAUUAGUGAAUAAUGUGCUUAAUUAUUGUAAGGUCACCCUCGUAGACGGCCGAGCGCUGUGACUGUUCGGUUCUAACCAGAGGCCAACUUUCUUAUUGCCAUGUAGUACUUUAUCGUCAUAGAAAUUACCUACCGCACCGCUCCCACGCGGCAAGAUGACGUUCAUUGGAAAGUGAGCUUUAAAACGACCUCCGUAGACAUACUUUACAUUGACAACGGGAGUUGACAGCGAGCAGUCCUCUAAUUUGUAGCCAAUGCAAAGUAUCUCUACUGUGGAUGGUUUAAAGCUCACUUUUCUAUGAACGUCAUUGUGCCGGGUGGGAGCGGUGCAGUGGAAGUGUGCUGUGGCUCAUCAUUUGACUGGUAAAGUUGUCAUAAAAUAUCAGAACUUUGUAGUUAUAGCGCUCGGCCGCCCAUUCAAGUCAACUAGUUGUAGGAAGCAAUUUUCCAAAUAUAUAUUUUUUGCUGUUCAGAUAAAUGAAAUCGUGAAGUGGCGUAUUUUACCACCAGAUAUAUGCGAGAAGUAAAAUAUAUGAAGGAAUUGUGUAAUCAUUGCUAUAUAUUUGAUUACAUAUGGAAUGAUUUCUGUAUUGAAGCUUGAUUAUUGUGGCUAGUUUUGCUUUUUUUCGUAGAAAUAAAUCAUAUCGCGGAGUAUGCAGAAAGGAAAUGUAAACCAUGUGGUUAUUAUUAUAUUUACACUUUAGAUUUAGAAAAUAAAGCAAUUGCUUUGAAUUAAUUGUAACUAAACUAUGAAGUAAUUGAUUGAUCAAAUGUUUUUAAUACGAUUUAAAUAUUAUUAUGUAUGAUCGAUUUACAUUGCUGGAAGCGCAGCGUUUUUAACGAAGUGAUAAACGACAUUACAGUAAUGUGCUAAAGGACAUUGCACUAUAUUAAACAGAAGUUAAGAUUCAAAUUUGUGUCAAUUUGGACAUCACAAAAGAUUUUUUAAAAUAUAUCCUACAUUAAUUCUAAUAGGACAUGUUCGACUGUUUGUUACUUAAUGUGAAUUCUGUUGUUGUCGUUAUGCCUCCAAUAUGGUCCUAGCUAAUAAUAGUUAUUAAUAUCUCAAUGUGUGAUUUAAUAGUACUACAAGAAAGUAUGUCGCUAAUGCUUUGGAUAUAUUUAUCCAAGUUGUAUCUAUGUAUUAUAGCUCUGUAAAAACUGUAAAUGCUAAGCUACUAACAUUGUUUUUUUAAUAUUGUAUUUUACAAAGAGGGAUAAUAUUUAUGUAAGGACGCAAUGUGCAUUUAGAAAUAGAUGACAUUUAUCUCCAUUCAAUUUGUCUUGAACGAUAAAACACGACCAUUCACGAAUCUAUGGUAAAUAUCUCUAUGAAAUUCUAGGAAGACGGUCUAUUAAUCUAUGGUAAAAAAAAACUUAUCAGAAAAAGGUAUAACUACUCAAUAUAAAAAAUAAAUGUAUUGAAUAAAAAUUAUACUUCGCGUUAUUAUUUUGGGAUAAGUUAUAAAAAUUGCCAAAAAUUCAUAGAUCGUUCUCCCCAAAAUGUUUAUGUUUACGAGAUUAGCAAGCUAUUUAGAUGGUCGUAAAGUUUCCACGAAUCAGAUCAACCUACAAAGUAAAAUAAACGUUUUAAUGUGCUAUGGAUCCCUAGUAGGCCCUGGGGGACUAUCAUGAAACAUAAAACACGUAGUACGCCAUUGCGUUCUCUCAAUUCUCUUCACGAUAUGGAGAAGAGAUACAGUAUGUGGAGUACUACGUAGUGUUUUUUAAACUGUCGCGCUUUGAACACAUAAAUACAUAAAUUAUAUUAACGGGACUUAUCACGAAACUUUUUUAUUUAAUGUUGCUGACGUUUCAACGACCUUGUUGUCGCCGCUGUCGCAGCCAGACAAGGUCGUCGAAACGUCUUUCUUCUUCAUAGUCGUAUUCCUCAUGACUAACGGUCGUGGUCAUUACAUGGAACGAAACACAUGUAACAACUUUCUUGACAUUAUUAAUAGUGUGGUUUGCCAUUGCCUUCUCCAUUUCACACACAAGUUAAUAAUCAACGAGUGUGCAGGUUUCCUCACCAUGUUUUUCCUUCACCGGAAGCAAGCGGUGGUCGAUGAAAACUACUAUACAUGAUUGAUUAUGUCAGAUUGGUAUACAAACUCAUGUGGCACGAGUAGGAGUGGCACAGACGGGCGUCUUAACCAUUACACCACCACCGCUACAACUUCAGCAACAUUAAAUAAAAAUAAUUCGAGUCCCGUUAAUAUAAUUUAUGUAGCAGACGGCUAACGUGUUUGUAUGUUUAGUGGUAGGCCUUCCGAUUAAAUUAUUAUUAACAAACUACUAUUCGUAUCAACAACACCAAAGUUUACUGUUGCAUUUCAAUCAUUUCAACACAAAAAAUAAUAAUAGUAUAAAUAAAAUAUGGUAACUAUGAUUACGUAUGUUUAAGAGAAUGUAAUUUUAACCAUUUCACAUUUCCAAUAUUUAUUUUUAUGCAUAGGUAUUGUGUCUAAGUACAGUAAUUUCGUUUCUCAUAAUAGCAGCUAUGGAAAGAAUUGUAGUUAUAUAGAAAAAAUAUCACAUUAAUUUAUAAUCAGUUUUAUUGUGACUCCAGUGAAACUCCUCUUUAGAAAUACAUUACAAAAGUCAUGGGAUUAGUAUGAGGUUUUAAAAUAUGUAAUUUAUAUGGAAAAUUAAUAGUUACUUUCGGGUACGAUAGACGCGCUGUUCAUUUUCGAUAUACAUUUUGUCGUUGUCGAUACGAUUACAUUUUCGCUUCAACUAGUGCUUACGGACAGAAAAUUAAGAUAAUUCAAAAUAUUCAAACUUUUAUUACUAUUCAUAUCCUUGAAAUAAUUUAAUCUUGAUAUUAUUUCUAAACGAUCUCGAGUUUGUGUGUAAAACAUAGUGAAAUGAGGGCGCCACUGGACUCAUGAAUUAACCGUUUUUUCUUCAGCGUUUUGUUACUACAAUCAUGUUUUUUUUUUUCAUUUAUGUAUAAUAUUAUGUUUGUUAGCGCUGUGGUCGUUAUGGUCGUUAUAAAAAGGAGGACUUUAUGCCUCUAUUAAUUUUGAAAUUCAGGGUUUGGAGAUACUAAAAGUAUUUUUUGUAAUGUAUGGUUAUGGAUUUUUGAAAAUAGGAAUAUAGUCUCUAUUGAUAGUGAAUAGAGUCGAUAUUGCUAUAUGUAUGUUAUGCUCAUGCCCAACUUUUGUGUUCAGAACAAAGUUUUAAAUGCGCGUCACGAUGUCAAUGAAAUUAUCUACCUACAAAGAAAUAUUUAAUGUGGUCUUAAUAUACCGUCGUUAGACUUUAUGAUAACGAGCUGCGCUCAUUUUCGAUAAGUUUAUGAGUCAAAACAUAUGUAUACCGCAGUACCUUAAUCUGUAAGCUUAGGUAAAUGUUUGUGUAUUUAUUUGUUACCGUACGCUUACGAAUUGUACAGGCUACCUUCGCUGGCGAUGAGGUAGCGAUGGAUUGAUAACAAAUGGAAGAAAUACUUCAUGUACAUGUAAAUAAUUAUCAUACCUAAUGGCGGCCUGACACAGCGGUAUUUAAGGUUUUGUGUGUCUAUUAAAAUUGUGAGAGCAGCGGGCCCGGUCUUAAUGCUCCGUUGCGCUUAGUUCCCUACCGUUGCGUUGACGUCCUUCGCCUCACGUAAUAUUUAAAGCGACAACGCGCUGCGUCGGCGCAACAGAUGAUGAUGUAGUAAGGUGUCUGGGCCCUAAUUUUGUGUGUGAUCCCGCCCCAGAAUAUUGAAAUACUUUUUUAAACUGAUUAUAAUUUCCAUGCGCUUUAUUAAUUCAUGGACCUCUUUCGUUUAGUUGAUCUCUUCGAGAAUAACAAAGUGGAUAUGUUAAAGUUAUAUCGAUUGAAAGCAUGUAUUUGUAAAUAGAGUGGUGUUCUUGGUAAUUUAUUUAUUCUCUUACAAAAUCGGUGUGUCCGGCCGCGACCUCGCAAUGGAAGAUACUGCCUACUUGAAUGUUGUAAAUAUUAAGUGGAAUUAAAUAAAGAGCUACAGUAAA